UAAAUCUCAAAUCGGAAGGUUGUGUAAAUAUAGAAAUCAAACGAUAUUAAAUUAAGCCUAUAACUUCUCUAAAAAAAAUAAAUAACUGUUGCAAGAUUGACAAACAAAUAUGAAACAUUUUGCCUUAAUUGUGCUGCUCUUUGGAGUAUGUAGCUCCACGCCUACAUUCCAUAGAUUAUUUGCUGGAUACGGUGGAGGUGGCGGAGGCUGUGGAGGUGGCUGCGGUGGUGGUGGUGGUAACUAUGGUGGUGGUGGUCACGGUGGUUUUGGUGGCGGUGGAUUUGGUGGGGGUCUGCCAAGUGUAACAGUUGUGAAAGUACAAAAAGGAGGUGGCGGAUUUGGCGGUGGUGGAUUUGGUGGUGGCGGUUUUGGUGGUGGAGGUCAUGGUGGUCAAGGAGGUGGCGGUUUUGGCGGUGGUCAGCCUGGUGGUUUUGGAGGUGGUGGAGGCGGUGGUUAUGGUGGUGCCAGUAGUAGCAGUUUUAGCUCAGCUAGUUCCGGAUAUGGUGGCGGUGGAGGUGGUUGGGGUGGCAAACCUGGCUUUGGCGGUGGUGGUGGCGGUUGUAAUACAUGCGGUGGUGGUGGUGGAGGCCAUAGUGGCGGUGGUGGUGGCUACGGUUCUGGAGCUUAUGCAAGCGCCUCCAGCAGUGCAAGUGCUAAAGCAUGGGGAAAAUAAUUAUCAAAAUACUUUUUUUACUUUGGAUAAAAUUUUUUUUAAUAUUUGUUUUUGAUAUUAAAUGAAUUA